AUGCUUACACUACGAGCUCGAGCACCGCGCAUCCGGAAAGGUCCUUGCCUACGCGUCACCCCACAAACACAGUCCGCGUCCGCAGCAAGAAGGACCUUCAGAUCCACGUCCGACAAGCAGACUCCCUUCUUCUCGUCCCAGCCCGGACACCGCACAACAUCAUCAGCAUCGGGACGCCUAGGCCUCAACCUAUUCCGCUCUUACACAAGCUAUGGUCCUUCGGGUCCUGCCUACCGCUCCGCCAAGUCCGUCGCCUGGGCUCUCAUCGGCCUGAAUACUGCAGUCUUCGCCACGUGGCAGUGUGCCAAAGCAACCAGGGACACGAAGCUCAUCCGAUUCAUGGACAACAACUUCCUGCUCUCCACCGACAGCAUCAAGGCAGGCCGAUACCACACGCUGCUUACCUCUGCCUUCUCCCACAGAGACAUCGGACACUUCGUCUUCAACAUGAUCGCUCUCUUCACUUUCGGCAACCUCCUCGCCAUCUCUGGCGUCGGCCGCUUUCACGUCCUUGCGGCGGGACUUGGGAGUGCUCUCGUCGGAUCUUUGGCAAGUCUAUAUCAUCAGUGGCCACGUCAGGCUCCGCAAAAGCGCGACGUCUGGGGAGCAUUUGGAGGCGGGAGGACCAGGGUUCUCAUGCAGAAUCUGGGAGCAAGUGGACUGGUGAUGGGACUGGGGGCCACUGCCACUUGCCUCAUGCCAUUCGCUCCGAUGAGGCUGAUCUUUAUGCCGUUGAUUCCGAUUCCUCUGUUCGUGCUCACGCUUGUUUACUUUGGUGUCGAUGCCUUCUUCCUCGAUCGAGGCCAGACGGGGAUUGGCCAUGCGGCACACAUGGGUGGCACCGUCUUUGGUGCCAUCUACUACUUCACAUACCUGGGCAAGUACGGUGGCGUGUGGCCAAUGCUGAGGAGGGCAAUCAUGAGGAGGUAG